AACAUUUCAGGCAGCCCGCAGUGUGCACCUCCGGUCACACUGGCCUGUUAAACUUUUUAACUUCAGUCUAUUUUGAUAGUUUUAAAUUGUUGUAUUAGCCAUUGAUUACUUUUCUAACACAAGACCAUGAUUGCGAGGGCCCUGAGGACGGUGGGCCAGCAGGGCCGUAACCUCUUGCUGCCGCGCAGCACCGCAUGUCGCCCGCUUCACGCGAUUCCGGCUAACUUCAGCAAGGCCUACGACUACGACGGGAAAACAAAAGUCACCAUCUUCAACACCGAAACGGAUCUGGGCCUCAUGGUCACCGGUUACAGCCAGUACGGAUUCCGGCUCAACAACGACAUGGUCCUCAUUGGUCCCAUCUCCGUGUUCCCCAGAUCGGUUCUGUCCUGGAACGUAAACAGUUUUGAGGACAUCAACGAGGACAGUCUCAGCCUCUUCCCAAUCCUAGAGCCAAAAAUUGACGUUCUAAUCAUUGGCAUUGGCGACCAAGCGCCACCGCCAGCUCUUUCCAAGAGGAUCAUAGAAUUCAUGAAGAAGUACAAGAUAAACGUAGAGGUCCUGCGCACGGAGCAGGCAUGUGCCACCUUCAACUUCCUGAAUGCCGAGAACCGAAUGGUGGCCUGCGCCCUGAUACCCCCACUGCACCUCACCUACAACGAAAACGACAUUCUGCAAGCGAAGCUGCGGAAGAAGGAGCUCUACGAGACCGAAUAGGAUAACUUAGACACAUCUAAUGAUUGUUAAAAAGGCUGGUGCUUUGUUAGAAAUUAAACUGUUUUGUAAAAUUCA